GAUAAUGAUUCAAAUAAUAGAAUAAUAAAUCACAACCAAGUAGAACAAAUCUAAGAAUUCUUUAACCUUAAUUAUAAAAUAAUUAGUGAUUUUUUUUUAAAUUUUAUUCAAGAGGUGUAUAAAUCGUAGCUAUAAUUGGAUUAUUUCCUUCAACCGUCGCCUCGAAUUUCUGCAUAAAAACAUAUUUAAAAUUAUCUGUGAACAUUUAAAAAAUAAUAUAAUUUGCUUGUAAUUAUUGAGACCAAAGUACAAGUCAGACGAAACUAACUUUAAAUCUAUGUGUAUUUAUUAUUCUAUAUUAAUAUGAAUGUUAUAAAUGAAUGGUUUAUUGAUGUGCCUUGGGGUAAAGUAGCUCUAAUAUCAUGGGGAGACACAAGAGGCAAACCUGUGCUGUUGGUGCACGGUCGGCAGGACAGUGUGGCAACGUUCAUACCACUCUUAGAGCGACUGCCGAAGGACUACCACUAUGUGGGAUUUGAUAUGCCAGGGCACGGCCGCUCUGAUAGCUUACCAUUCGGUGUCCUCCUAACGAGACUGUUCCCGGUCUGUGUUAUAGAAGUGGUUCUGAAACAUUUAGGUUGGGAGGAAUUCUAUUAUAUAGGCCACUCGAUGGGUACAGAACAAGGUCUAUUCUACAACGCAGUAUUCCCCGGUCAGAUAAAGAAAUUUGUUCUACUGGAUCCAACACCAGCUCUACAGAGGUUGAUCAUAGAAGAUUUCUCAGAAUUCUAUGAGUUGUAUGAUAAAUAUUACAGCAGCUACGAUAGCUUGAAAGAAGACAAGCUGUACAGCAAAGAAUCAGCCGUAGAAGCUGUCAUGAAGGCAAGAGGGAUGACGAGGGAACAGGCCGAUAUGAUUCUAUCAAGGAAUCUUAUAAAAGUCGGCGACAAUUUAUACAAAUUGUCCUGGGAUCGCAGAACAAAGCUAAUGGCCUCAACCUACUUCCCAAAAGAAUAUUAUAAAAAACUAUUCUGUAAAAACUCACCGCCCACAUUGUAUAUCACAUCCAAAGAAUAUUUAAAUUAUGGUCCGAAAAGAAGAAUCAUCAUAGAAGAGUAUCUAUCAGAAUGCCAGAAGAGAGAUAAGCUAACACAUUUGAGGGUGGACGGGAAUCAUGAUGUACAUUUCAUAAAUCCAGAGAGGCUGUCGGGACACAUCAUUAGUUUUCUGACAUCGGAUGUCAAAUCUAAAUUAUAGUAAAUUAAUACUGAUAAAGAUAUUACAGAGUAUAUAUAUAUAUAUACUCCAAUACUACCAAUGACAAAUACUUAACAAAAAAAUAUAUAUAUAUAUAAUAUAUACAAUUUUAAUUUAACAUAUCACUAAGUAUAGACAAACUACCUCAGGUGUCCAAUGAUACAAGAUAAUUAAUGUAAACAUACCGAGUAUGAAAAUCUUCGUAUAUUUAUUCCUCUUUAGUUUCGUUAUAAAAUUAUUUGUUUCAAUGUUAGACAUCUUAUAUUUUAUUGAUAAUUUUUUUUAGGGUUAUACUCGCGUGUUUAACGUGAUUGUCAAAUUUUUUAUGCUGUGAUGUUUUUUUGGGUAAAAAAAAAGAAAAGAUAAAUGGGAGGAAUUUAAAUGA